AUGGAUAAAAUUUCAGAAAAUGCAUCUUCCAAUAACUUGGAAGCAAAUUUACACUACCUUGAAUCCCAACAUCCUGAGUUAAGUGAAAUAGCUAAAAAUCUCGCUCAAAUGGCAAUGAAUUCAACGCCUUCCUCCAUGUUAGAGUCAACUACAAAUCCUAAUGAACCACAAAGAUCUUUAACCAUGAAAUUGCAUCUUCAAGAUACAAAAAUCCAGAGUUUGUUAAAUCAGCAGCAAAAACAAUCACAAAUGGCAAACAGUAAUAGUAACACUAAUAUGCAGAGUCUAGUAGAGAAUGUGAUAUUAAAUCAGCAUAAUGCUUACAAACCUGAAAAUCAAGUUACAGGAGUCUCCAAAAGUGGUUCUUUCGACGACAAGACAACCAAUCAGAUCCCCGCAGUUAUAAGAGCAUCUGAAAGUAGAGCUCCUUCCGGAUCUCAAAUCCCAUGCAUACCCAAUAUACCAACUCAAAAGUACUCAGAUUCUUCUCUACUUAUCCCACAUCAAAUGCAAUCAAUACAUGAACAAAUUCAAAACAGUCAAGAAACUAACCAAUUACUACAGUAUAUUAUACAGAAUAAUCUUUCUCAAAAUUCCAAUUUAAGCUUAUUAAGUCAACUUCUUCAAUCUCCGGCUAUAUCAAAUGAAUCAGGCAAUGUUUGGAGUUCAAUCAUUCAACCAUUGACAAAACAACUGAUUCAACAGUAUAAUCAACAAAUAAAUGCUCACAAUGAAAAUACAACUGAUACUACUGUUACUACUAACAACAAUAAUAGUAGUAGUAGUGACAAUAAUAAUAAUAACAAUAACUGCCUACAACAACAACAAUCUCUCUCAGAACCAAAAUCACAAUCUGUAUGGAUGGAUGGAUCUAAUAUACAGCACAGUAUUACAGAAACAUGUCAGCCAGUGCCACUCCCCAAUGUACAGUUAACUAAUCAACUACAAAACAUUCCUAUCAUACGUAAUCAAGAUGUCACUAGUACACAACUUGAAGCUAAUUUGAAUAACAUAUCAGAUAUAGUUGAACAUGAAAUGGAGAAACUAAAUUUACAUGGAAUAACAAAACAUCAAGAGAUGAAUACUAACAGUUCUGGUAACUGGAGUAAUAAUACCGUGUUAUGUAAUAAUAUGAAUGACAGUGUCAACACUACUAAUAUGAGCUACUCAGGACAAUUAUCUAAUAUACCAAGGUUGAUGAAUCAGCACGAACGUCUUUGGAUGAGAAACUAUCACAGGGAUAGAUUUGUUGUACGCAUCACAUCAGUAACAUAUCGUUGUUCAUGUCGAUCGAAUACACCACAAAAUCGUCAUCGUACUGCUGACAUUAAACGAGAUCAUUGUCAAGGUAAAGAAUGCAAACGAAGUGAUCAACGUACCUAUGUCACCUUCCAGUCUCAGUUGCCUAGUUUACUUUUACCUGACAAUGCUAGAAAAACUGCAAGACAUUUAUAUCACAUUCCGUUAACUGGACUUCGAUUGGGAUUUACUUGUCCAUUGACGAGCCAAGGACCACCUAUGAGUGAUUUCAAUACGCCGAAAGUAGCAGAAAGACUGGAUGCAUGGGAACAGGCUGGAAAUCGACCAGGUUUUCGUGUACAAGUAUUGACAGCACUGCAGCAAACAGUUCGUCAAAUGCUUGAAUUGAUUAGAACUAAAGGGUUUGGAGCAGUGAAACUUGAUACAGAUUAUGUAUUUUUUCCACCAGCACCUGAUUUACAACCAGUUUAUACAAGACGUCGUCCAUUGAGUUCUUCAUCAGAUGGUUCCCUACCAAGAGUUAUGGGACUUGAAAGAAUACGACGUGAAGUUUCCAAUGAUUCAAAGAAUCAUAGUUUCAAUACAAAAUUAAGUGAAAGUCUGCAUCCGAAUCAAAAACCAGAACAAUCAACUUGGUCAGAUGCUAUUAGUAGCAGUGAAAGUGAAUGCAGAAAAACGACUACUUCUACUACUACUAAUAAUAAUCAUAGUAAUAUCCCAAGCCUUAGUAGUGGCAGUAUACCGAGAAACAGACCACGUACAUGGCAUCAGUUACCUGGUCAUAAUUCACUGGUUAUAUCAUCACAAAAUAAAUCAGAUUAUGGAAUAAACGAAAACUUAUAUGAAAGAGAAAAUGAUAUGUACAUCACUAGAGACAGUUUCGAUUCAACGCAAAUGUCAACCAAUCAGUCUACACAGAAUAAUACAUGCUGGUGUGCUGCACAAACAAUGAGAUGUCCUACUCAUCAUUCACUGGGCUACAGUUCAUCACUAUCUUCAUCACCGAUAAGAUUAAAUCCAAAUGUACACAGUGUAGUGAAUCAGAUGCAUCUAUCACCUUACAGUACAGUGGAUGAACGUUAUUUAUUUAAAGGAAAUAAUAAAAACAUUGUACACCAACUUCAAAGACACUUGGAUGCACCAUAUUCAACACCUGUAAGUCCAACACAAUUUAUCAUGGGUGAACCAACUAACCACAACACAAUACACGACUGUAAAGUUAAUCCACCACAUCAAGCUUCAACGUCAUCAUCAUCAUCACAGAAUGUGAAGAAAUUAGAAAUGUCUAGAACACCUGAGAGUUGUACUUCAGAAGGCUUUCACACUGCAGAUAAUAAUUCACAACACAAAACUGAAACGCAUGGAAGAUCAGACCACUUAAGUAAGAUUCUACAAGAAAUUUCAAACUGCCUUCAUACCAAUCCUCAGUAUCCCGUAGUCAUUAUGCCUACUCAUCACAUGCUUAGUUCUAUCGAAGAUGGACAAAUUCCCACUGGGUUGAACAAAACAACACCGCUUGUUUUUCAAAUACCUCAUUCCGAUUCAGUCUUUGUAUGCUUGCCAGCCACUACUGGAGUGAAUCCAAGAGUUAUGACUGCAUCACCGACAAAUGCUGUUGUAAUAUUACCGUCGAAUCAGAUAAACCAACAAUCCACCUCUCAACAACAUCAAGACCCUCCAACUUCCUCCAGUCUACAACCUACUAUACUAACAGGUCCAAAACAAGGAUAUUUAUUAGUUAUAACACCAGAUAAUAAGUAUGAAUAUCUCCCAAAUCCAUAAAUGAAAAUUUUGAAAAAAAAAACCUGUUUCGAUGUGCAUUUAUAAAUCAAAUUACUUAGCUGGUCAUUUUGUCCAUCACUUGUACAUUGAUAUGAUUUAAAUGAAAAUACAACUAAGUAUACACCAAUUCGGAUAAUUACGUCAUCUCAGAUUCCUUACAGAACACACCACACAAACACAUGCAAACAUGCACACAGGUGGGGAAGAAGACGGCCGGGGUGGAUAUGAGACUCUCUUAUAUAUAAUCAUUAUUUUUUUAAUCAUAGCCCAUGAAACAGAUUACUAUUCCAUCUCAUACCCUGUGAUAAUUGAAAAACCACAUUUCUGAAUAUAUUACAUUUCUUGCCUUCCUCUGAUUAUUCAUCAAAUCAACAUAUGAACACCUCCUUUGACAGUUCACACC